AUGGCCGAACCGAUCAGAAACAAGCGACCUGACUUGACGGCCCCCACGCCUCAGAAUACACCAGCUACCAAUGCGCCUAUCUCUUCCCAUGCCCAGCAACCUGGCGUGGCUAGUAUCAAAGAAGCCAAAACUCCAGAGGACAUGGAUCGCGCCGCUGCCGCAGCUAUUUUCGCCCAGAACCCCAAACUAGUUCAAAUGAUACAGGGCCGUCUGGGCUCGCUUAUUGGCCGCUCCUCAGGAUAUAUCGAGUCACUUCCCCCUGCCGUUCGCCGCCGAGUUUCCGGUCUGCGUGGCGUCCAGAAAGAGCACUCGAGGCUCGAAGAUGAAUUUCAGAAAGAAGUCCUGGAACUUGAGAAGAAAUACUUCGCCAAGUUCAUGCCGCUCUACGAGAAGCGUGCUGCCAUUGUUAACGGAAAGACAGAACCGACCGAGGAAGAGGUCAAGGCUGGUGAAAAUGAGGAUGGGCAGGGCCAGGCUGAAGGUACACCUGAUGAUGGCGCACCGAAGCAGGGUGAUGUCGCCGAGGAUGUAUCUGGCAUACCCGAGUUCUGGCUGUCGGCCAUGAAGAACCAGACGACACUCGCCGAAAUGAUCACCGACCGCGACGAGGCUGCACUAAAACACCUGACUGAUAUUCGCAUGGAGUAUCUCGACAAACCUGGCUUCCGUCUCAUAUUUGAAUUCGCAGAGAAUGAGUUCUUCACCAACAAAUUCAUCACUAAGACGUAUUUCUACCAAAACGAAAGCGGCUAUGGUGGUGAUUUCAUUUACGACCAUGCGGAGGGUGACAAGAUUGAAUGGCGCUCUGGCAAAGAUUUGACCGUGCGUGUCGAAGCAAAGAAGCAAAGAAACAAGAACACCAACCAGACCCGUAUUGUGAAGAAGACGGUUCCUACCGAAUCUUUUUUCAACUUUUUCUCCCCACCCCAAGCCCCCACCGAUGAUAAUGUAGAGGACGAAGACGCUGUGGCUGAUAUUGAAGAUCGACUGGAACUUGAUUACCAGUUAGGCGAAGAUAUCAAGGAAAAACUGAUUCCUCGCGCUAUUGAUUGGUUCACCGGUGAAGCUCUUGCCUUUGAGGACGAUUUUGACGAGGACGACUUGGAUGGUGAGGAUUUUGACGAGGAUGAGGAUGAUGACGAGGAUGACAUGAGUGAUGAUCACGACGACGAGGAAGAUUCCGACGAGGAAGACGAGUCCGGGAAGCCCAAGCAGGAGGCUGCUGAGUGCAAGCAAAGCUGA